AAAGAAAUUUAAAUUUAAAAAGUAUAGAAACCUAUAACUCUCAGACACCUCACUUCACACACCAAUCUCAUAUUAUACUAAAGCAAUACCUACAAAUUUCUCGAGCUUUUUCACAAUUAAUGCGAAUUUAAUCUGUGUUGAUGGCUUGAUCAAAUUUAAAGAGAGUCUAUUCCACAAAGAGCGAAUUAAGCGCGCGGCUGCACUCUGCUUUAUUUAACUAAACACUACUCAAACAAUGCGAGAUUCCGUCAGUAAAGAACUGUGGCUGGUAAAAGACGCUUCGACCGGCUCUGAACCAUGAGUCAACGUGAGCUUGCAUUUAUUCUGAUUUUAUACAUAACAUUUCACCAACGUUUGCAGUUAUCUGCUGCACAGAAAUGCAAGCCACUAAGCGGCUCGAACAAUUUCGGGAUCUACAGAUGCCAAGGAGUGCAGACGCUGAGCGAGAUAGAGGAAGAGUUAGUGGCUACUUGGCGUGGCAUAGUUGUGUGCAAUCGCAAAGAAGAUUACCUCGAUUUUACACCUGCACAAUCGGGAGAGCAUCAAAUGCAAACAAAGUGGGCGCAGAUUACUGAUUUGGAUCUAUCGCAGGUUGGUGCUUUGAACCUUGGAGACGAUGGCUUCAGCUCGUUCAUUGCUUUAGAGCGUUUAAACUUAACAAAUGCGCAAUUGAGCGGAUUGAAGCCUCAGUAUUUUCCAAAUGAUUCAAAACUGGAGAUGCUGGAUGCGAGCUGGAAUGAUCUUCAGAGCUUAAGAGCAGUGAAUUUUCAGCGUUUAACACAGUUGAGGGUGGCGAAUUUUUCACAAAAUAAUCUAAAGUUCGUGGCAGCAGAUGCCUUUGCAGUAUUGGUGCAUUUGGAGCAACUUAAUUUGGAGAACAAUGCUCUGAUGAACGCCUCAGUCGGUGUCUGUAAUAAUCUAAGAGAGCUAAAACUCGGACAUAAUGACAUAAAAAAGAUAUCGGAGUAUGAAUUUAUGGGCUUGCCACAACUGCGACAUCUGUGCCUUAGCUUCAACUCUAUACACAGCAUCGCCAAUGGCGCGUUUCAGGCGCUAAGCACACUUACGGUACUCAACCUUUCUGGUAAUUCAUUACGUAAACUUUCCGCAGAAACAUUUCGAGGAAUGGAGCGUAUACCAUUACAAUGUCUAGACCUCAGCUCAAAUGAUUUGAGCAGUUUGACAUCUGAGCUCUUUACAACUUUACGUCAAUUACAAAUUCUGAACCUCAGUGGCAAUCAGUUGGAAUCUCCACCGGCCGGUCUUUUCGUAGGACUGACGCAGCUACGUAAGCUGUAUAUUUACGACAACGAUAUCGGCAUAUUUCAUGCCAACACUUUUGCAAAUCUCACUGCUCUCGACACACUUGACCUAUCUGGUAACAAUGUACAACAGCUUCAUGCCAACGUUUUUGGUACAACGGCCCUACCACGCUUCCGAAAGCUUUUGAUAAAAACCAACAACUUGAAGCACCUACACCCGCUAGCUUUUGAUGCCCUGCCCUUCAUGAAAUACCUUUCAUUGGGCUACAAUGAACUGACUACUCUAGAUAGACGUAUGUUCGAACCAAUGCGCAGCCUGCGAAAACUCCACUUGGGUAAUAAUUUGUUUGAAGAAAUGUCCUUGGACGUGUUGCAUGCACUUGGCGAGCUGUCAGAGCUAUUGUUGGAUAAUAACAAGCUGUCAUUUCUACCAAAUAUGGCAAACAUAGCAUUUCCCAACAUGCGGAAGUUCUCGUUGGAAGGCAAUCCAUGGCAGUGUAAAUGCCUUGACGAUAUCCUGGAUUGGUUGAAUUCGAAACAAGUGGACUACUUUAGGCCUCAGAGCCCGUAUUAUCAGGGCAAGAGAUCUCUGUGUGUCGUAACGAGCAAAGAUGUAUGCGUUAGAAAUUUGGCCCAGGUGAAAGAGGAAGGUUUCGCUGAAUUACAGGAUAAUUAUACGGAGAGCUAGCAAUAAAUAUAAAGUUACAAAGAUUAAAUAAACACUUAGAUUCUAAUAUAAAAGUUGCUUCAUAGCUUUUUAUCUUUAAAUAAUUAUAAACGGGUGCUACCACACCUCGAUUAACCAAAAUAUGUAACCCUUAAUUUCUAUUCGAAUUUACGGUAAAACUUUUCAUGUUGGUUAUAUAAUAAUUUACUGCUUUUGCUCAUUAGAGAUUGGAAUAUA